UUUCUUUCUUUCUGGGGUGUUAUCAGAAAACAUGCAAGGCUCCUCUGCUCUUUCCUGUUCUUCAAAUUCUAUCUCUGCUCCAGUUGGUCUUUGCUGUUCUCAAAGAUUAACACUUCCUUUUCGAAAUCAAAGAAUUGGGUUUCUGGAAAAUCCAUCAAGCUUGAAGAUAUUCCAUUUUCACCGGAACACUACCCUCCCUUUGCUGAACUGCACUGCUACCGAAGAGAUCGUGGAGGCUAGUGAGACAGAAGGAUUAUUUGUUGAAACUGGGUACAUAUAUAGUGUUCAUGGGCUUCAAGGAGAGGUUCGAGUAAAAGCGACGACUGAUUUCCCUGAAUUGCGAUUUUCCCAGCCAGGAAGGCGAUGGUUGAGGCAGCAAGUUACAGGGAGAGAUAUAAUUCAAGAAAUCGAACUAGUGGAGGGAAGAGGUCAUCCAGGACAGAAGAGUUGGAUACUUAAAUUCCACGAGAUUAACACAAUAGAGCAGGCCCAAAAACUUGUGGGGUCGGCCUUACUGGUGAAGGAUGAAGAUAGACCAAUCCUGGAGGAAGGUGAAUUUUACACCCCUGACCUUGUUGGGAUGAAAGUAUUUCUAAAGGAAACUAGAGAACUGGUCGGAACUGUUAUUAAUGUUUUCAACAGUGGAGCUAGUGAUCUCCUACAUGUUGAGCUUCUACCGGAUCAAAAUGCAAGACCACAGUUGGAAGGAGGUGCAUCUGGUCCUCUUGUAUGGGUCCCUUUCGUUGAAGCAAUUGUUCCAAAUAUUGAUUUGAGUAAAAGGGAAAUGCUGAUUACACCUCCAAAGGGUCUUUUAGAAUUGAACAUCCGUGCAGAUGAGAGGUCCAAGAAAGAAAGGCGACAGAUUGAAUGGAAAGAGAGAAAAAAGUCUCAGAAACGCCUCAUAGCAGCCAAGAAAAUAUUGCAUGAAAUGGAACAAGAUCAUAUAUUUCAUGGUUUCAGAUAUGGAGAGAAAACCCAAAGGAGCUUCCUUGCAAAUCAGAUAGUUGAUGUAAAUUCCAUCUUGCUUCAGCAUGCCUUGCAGAAUAAAAAGAUUCCAUAUAAGAGAUGGAGCUUUCCAGACUUUGUUAAUGCUUUACAAGUAAACAAUACAUUAAAACUAUCCAAAGAAUUCUUCUCUAAAGAAAAUGUUGAACACUCAAGCAUUGUUUCUAAAGUUCAAGAGCAGGGUCAUUGCCUCGUAUCUUCUGGCAAGGUUGCGAUUGUUUUAUCUUUGACAGAAAGCAAGCUUCUUGGAACGUCUUCUAUUCCUGAACCUGCUGGGCCUCAUGAGGAGAUUGCUUAUCUUCACGUCAAGGCAUUGCUAAAUGACAGCCACAGAUUGCUCAAGAUGGAGGACCGGUCCUCUGUACCUCUUAUAGUUGUGUGUCCUGCUGAAUCUAUUGAAUAUAUCAAACAAUUGUUCAUGGAUCAUGACUACUUCUCUUUCGACUCUGAGAAGGUUUGGUUCUUCGAAGAAGAGAAGCUCCCUGUUGUCAGUGCUUCACAGGAAGAAGAAAACAAACUAAAAAUUUUAAUGAAAUCACCAUGGGAGAUACUCCAAAGACCAGCUGGAUCUACAGGAAUUGUUACUGUGCUUUCAUCACAGAACCUACUAGAGCAUUUACAUGUGAUGGGCGUGGAGUACAUUCAGGUAUGUUCUGGCAAUCAAGAAUUCAUAAAUGGGGAGAUGCUACUUGGUUUUACCAAGUCUCGUGAAGCCAAUGCGGGGAUCCAAGUCUUCAGGGAUGUUGGCUACUUGGAAGAACACUUCAACAUAGUAUUUUCCAUUGAUUUUGCAAGGAAAUUGACUAAGAAGAUAGACAAACUUGUAUUUGAAGCCAUUUUAAAGCCAAAUCAGUAUGUGCAGAUGGUAGAAAAAGUAUGGGUUGAUGUCAUCCCCUCCUCACCCAACUCGUAUGAGUUUCAUUCAUCGAUAUAUAGCUGCUUGAACGCUUGUCCUCCUAGUAAGGUUUGUCUGGUAGACAUUACUGCAUGAUAUUGAUAUCUGCAUACAUGUAUAUGACUCCAACUUAGCCUCAAAAGCAUAGAAGAUGUUAUAAUAACACCAGUAUCUUUGUUCUUAAUAUCACACCCUUCUUUUCUUUUU